UUCAUAAGUUAUGAUAUUUGUGCUUUCAAAAUAAAUUUAAAAUUAUGAAAACUUAAAACGCCUAUAUUGUGAAAAAUGAAAUAACCAUUUCAGGGAAAAAUGCUGUUUAUUAAUUUUAUGUUAUAUAUUUUAUACAUCUUAGAUGUUGGCGAAUGCUUAGGAGUAAAUAAAAAAUUGAAAGUAAGUUACCUACUUCCUGGAGAAAUUAUUCAUUUUGUACCAGACGAAAAACGAAGGGGCUUUUUUGAAUCAGAUAUAAGGAUAUAUUGUUAUGAAGGAACGCAAAAAAAGAUUACGAAUUAUUUUCAAACUGUGAAUUUCCAAAUAGAUAUUGAAAAUAUAGAUGAUUUUACACAGUAUGAAGGCGAAACUGCAGAAAUAGUCAAACAACAUUAUGAAGAACAGAAAUCUUUAUUUUCUUUCAACUUUUUUUCAUACAAAAAGCCAAAAAUGAGACUGAAUCCAUUCAAUCAAACCUGUAUAGGAAUAGAUACGUUGCAACCCUACACCAUUCGUUUAAAUUUAAUUCGAGUUGAUUUUUGGAAGUUUUUUACAUUUUGUAUCGUAAUACUAAUAUUUCUAUAUUCAGCAAAGAUGAGCCAAAAUUCUUUAUUCUACUAUAUAGCAGGCGUAUCAUUAGGCAUUUGCGCGUCUUUUCUUAUAUUGUUUUACUUGGCGGGAAAAUUAUUUCCACGACGUUCAAUGAUGAUUGGCAUGGUUGCCGGUGGUUCAACUUUAGCUCUUUAUGUUUUUCAUUUAAUUUGGGAAAAUAUUCAACUUAUAUUUGUAUCAUACAAAAAUUAUGUCAUUGGAUAUGUUUUGGUUACUGGGUUUAUUAGCUUUGUUCUGUGUUAUCGUUUUGGACCUCCAAAGAACCAACGAAGUAAAGAUUUAAUUGAAUGGUGCCUACAGAUUACUUCUCUUUCUGUUAUAUAUUUCUCCAGUUACUACACGGAAGCCAGUGUCGGAAUUAUUGUAAUAAUUUUAAUUCUUUACUAUUUUCCAAAGGAAUGGAUAAGGUACAUUAGAGGCAUAUAUAGAAAAUGGUUUCCACCUCGACGAAGAUAUCUUACUUUAGCCGAAUACAAGCAACAAGGAAUUAUUGAAACCGAAAAAGCUUUGGCAGAACUUCGUAAAUAUUGCAAUAGUCCUGAAUGUAAACAAUGGAAAGUCAUGACAAAAUUAAAAAAUCCUAAAAGAUUUGCCUCAUUUAUUGAAGGUGAAGAACAUUUGAUGGAUGAAGAAAUUUUUGAUCAUGAAAAUAGUAAAUUAGAAACAGAUUCUGAAGACAGCGACUAUGAUUUAGUUAAUAAAAAAACAGUUCCUAAAAAUGAAAUUGAUGAAGAAAUAAGUGACGACGAGGAAUAUAUUGUACCAAUAAGAAAUACCCAACAUAGUAUUUCAGCAUCUCAUAUUUUUUCACCAAACCAAAAUAAAAAUUACUCGUAUAGCUACAAAAAUUCAAGUUAUCCUCAUGCGCAUGUUAGUAGCAGUAAUAAAAAAUCUAUAACCAGUAAUAAUUCUAUACGUUCACCGAACUAUAUUUCACCGACAAAUUUAAGAAAUUCUCCUUAUAGUCCAAGGAAUGCAACUUCGAAUUACAUACGACGUACUCCAGAUACUUCUAGAGUACACUAUAGAUCCUUUCGUGAAUAUAGUGACGAAGAAAGCUAAUUUAAACAUUUUAAAUUUAAUUUGUCGCCUUGCAUAAUUAAUGAUACGCUUUUUGACUUCUUACAAAAAUGACUGCAAAAGUUUUUUUAGUUUAUAAAAAUUAAUAAUAGGGUUUAAGUACUUAUUUAGUUAAAGGAUUUUCUUAAAUUAUUAACAUUUAGUUAGAAGCAUUUUGAAAAAUAUUUUGUGACAAUAAAAAUAA